CCUCCCGUCAUGCGCCGCGGUAGUGUCUGUGGCGCCAGCGACGGAGGUGGCAGUGAUGGAAGGCGAGAGCACGUUGGGGCUGCUGUCUGGUUUCGUGCUCGGCGCGCUCACCUUCCAGCAUCUCAACACCGACUCAGACACGGAAGGUUUUCUACUUGGUGAAAUGAAAGGUGAAGCCAAGAAUAGCAUUACUGAUUCACAAAUGGACAGUGUUAAAGUUGUUUAUACAAUUGACAUUCAGAAGUAUAUUCCUUGCUACCGCCUUUUUAGCUUUUAUAAUUCUUUAGGUGAAGUAAAUGAACAUGCACUGAAGAAAAUUCUUUCAAAUGUCAAAAAGACUGUGGUAGGUUGGUAUAAAUUCCGUCGUCACUCGGAUCAGAUAAUGACGUUUAGAGAGCAGUUGCUCCACAGAAACUUACAGACGCAUCUUUCAAGCCCAGAGCUUGUUUUUCUGCUGCUAACACCAAGUAUAACAACAGAAAGCUGUUCCACUCACUGCCUGGAGCACGCCUUAUAUAAACCUCAAAGGGGGCUUUUUCAUAGAGUACCUUUGGUGGUUGCUAAUCUGGGAAUGUCUGAUCAACUGGGUUAUAAAACAGAAUCUGCUUCCUGUACUUCCACUGGCUUCAGCAGAGCAGUGAACACACAUAGUUGUCAAUUUUUUAAUGAAGAUGGAUCAUUAAAGGAAGUGCAUAAGAUAAAUGAAAUGUAUGCUGCUAUACAAGAAGAAUUAAAGAGUGUAUGCCAGAAAGUUGAACAAAGUGAACGAGAAGUAGAGAAACUAAUGAUGGAUAUAAACCAAUUAAAAGAAGUUAGAAAAAAACAGCAAGCGCAGAUUAAAGCAGCAGGAGAGAAGAAUGUCCAGAACAACCCCCAGGAGAACGUUCUUCUUUGUCAAGCUCUACGAACCCUUUUUCCAGAGUCGAAAGUCCUUCAUUCUUGUGUUAUUUCUUUGAAAAAUAGACAUAUUUCUCAAAGCGGGUGUAACAGUAGCCACCAUCUUGAUGUGGUGGAUAAGCUGACCUUAAUGGUGGAGUACGUUUACAGCCCUGAAGCUAGUCCAGUGCCUGCAGCCCAGCUGAGUAAGCGGAAAGGUGCAGACACCCAAGGCCAGCGGCCUGGGAAGAAACCUCGGCUGCUUGAGUCAGAGAGCAGACCUGGGAGGGAGUGCUGCAGCAGCCACCCCGACAAAGCCUCCUCAGGCAGCCUAGAUACAGACACAGAGAUGGGGAGCACGGAAGAUGAUGGUGAAUAUCCCCGCUCUCCCACAUUCUGAAUCUUUUUAGAUGAAAUUUUUUUUCAUAGACUGAGGAGGUUCAGGUCACUUGUUUCUAUUUCACCCGUGGCCUACUGGAGUAAUACAUUGACGCUAUGUUUUUACUCUGUUCAGCUGUUCAUAAUGCGUGGAUAAGGUAUUUUACUGCCCAACUAUUUUUAAUAUGUAGGUAGGUUAAUGUUCUAUAAAGUAUCUUAAUUCUUAUUUACGUUUCAUAUGUUGUAAAUGCGUAUAUGCUCAGAUCAGUUGCAACUGUCCUCAUUUCCCAGCCUCCCACACUGUGCCUUCUGCUUCUAGUAGUUCUCCAUCCCUCCUUUAUGUCUCAUAUCUCUGUUGCUUCUCACCCCUGUAAAUUGUUUUCCCACCCACCUCAUUGACCCCUUUCUAAUGUUUUGGCCUCUGUCUGUUCACAUAUAAAGUACUUUUUAAAAAUACAGGGGUUUACCUGGGCACAGUGGCACAUGCCUGUAAUCCCAGCACUCAAAGAGGCAAAGGCAGGCAGAUCUCUGUGAGUUCAAGGUCAGCAUGGUCUACAAAGUGUGUCUAGGAUAGCCAAGGCUACAAAGAGAAACCCUGUCUCCAAAAAAAAAAAAAGGGUUGUGUGUGUGUCUUGGGCAGUUGAAUCCAGAGCCAUACAAGUGGUAAGCAACUUCUCUACCACUGAGCUACCGUCCCUUUGGUAUUUUGGGUUUGCCUUGUUUUUAUUUUAUUUUUUUGAGGGGGGGAUGGGGGAGGUUGAGACAGGGUCUCUCUGUGUAGCACUGGCUGUCCUCAAACUCAUAAAUAUCCGCCUGCCCAGCUAAGAUGCUUUUAUUUCAAAGCCACAACCUUUCAGCUUUCCCUCGAACUGUUGAAGGAGAGACUUAAAUAGAUGCAUUCUUUUAACUUGCAUUCUUCAAGUUGGAAAAGAGAAACUAGCCUCAUUUCACAACAUGGAAAACAGCCCAGAAGUUUGUAAAAUUGGUCCUAGGAGUUGGCUCAAUUAGCACAGGCAUCUUCUAUCAAGACUGGCAACCUGGUUGGAUUUCUGGAAUUCCUGUGGUGGAAGGAAAGAACUGACUCCCACACAUAAUCACUUUGACAUAUACAUGAAGCCCUCAUAAAUGUAAUAAAAUUUGAAAGUUUGUAAAACCUUA